CCAAAUCUCUCUCUCUCUCUCUCUCUCUCUCUCAUGUUCUGGUUCUCUAGUAAGAAUCAGACCAUGGCAACCCACAUCAGCUUCGCAUGCUUUCUUUUACUCCUCACAAUCUCAACUGUUGCAGAGUCCGGUUCAAUAGGAAUCAACUAUGGCCGACUCGCCAACAACCUGCCCACACCAACCCAAGUGGUGCGGCUUCUCAAAACACAAGGACUCAACCGAGUCAAGCUCUAUGACACCAACUCGGACGUUCUCACUGCCCUAGCCAACUCGAACAUAUCAGUAGUUGUUGCUCUCCCAAACGAACUCCUCUCUUCCACAGCGAAAGACCAAUCAUUCGCUGACAAUUGGGUUCAAGCCAAUAUCUCAAAAUUCUACCCCGCCACAAAAAUCGAAGCCAUUGCCGUAGGCAACGAGGUCUUCGUAGACCCAAACAACACCACACAAUUCCUCGUAGCCGCCAUGAAAAACAUUCACUCCUCGUUAGUCAAGUACAAACUCGACUCCGCCGUUAAAGUCUCGUCCCCUAUAGCCCUCACUGCCCUCCAAAGCUCGUACCCAUCUUCAUCCGGGUCGUUCAAACCCGAACUGAUCGAACCCGUUAUCAAACCCAUGUUGGAUCUCAUUCGCUCAACUGGGUCCUACUUCAUGGUUAACGUGUACCCAUUCUUCGCUUACAAAGACAACUCGGAUCAAAUCUCUUUGGACUACACGCUGUUCAAGACAAACCCGGGUGUCGUGGAUUCGGGUAACGGGUUGCGUUAUAACAACUUGUUUGACGCUCAACUCGACGCCGUUUUCGCCGCCAUGUCAGCAAUCAAAUACGACGACGUUAAGGUCGUCGUCACCGAAACUGGCUGGCCCUCACUGGGUGACAGUAACGAAGUCGGUGCGAGCCAAGCCAAUGCGGCGUCGUAUAAUGGGAACUUAGUGCGUAGAGUACUCACUGGUGGUGGGACCCCACUGAGACCCAAGGACACGCUCGACGUUUUCGUGUUCGCUUUGUUCAACGAGAAUCAGAAAACGGGUCCCACAUCGGAGAGGAAUUAUGGGCUGUUUUAUCCCAGCGAGGCGAAAGUGUACGAUAUUCCGCUGACAGUGGCUGAGCUUGCGACUGUGCAGACAAAGCCGCCGGCCAACGAGAGCAAGGCCCAAGCUCCGACGACUGGAGAUAUGUCCACGUCGGCUGUCGGGUCGGGUCAGACCUGGUGUGUGGCCAAUGGGAAUGUCGGUUCGGAGAAGUUGCAAGCUGGGCUUGAUUAUGCUUGUGGUGAAGGUGGGGCUGAUUGCCGUCCGAUUCAAGGUGGUGCCACGUGUUUCGAUCCUGACACCCUCGUGGCCCACGCCUCGUACGCUUUUAAUAGUUACUAUCAGAAGAAAAGUCGUGGGGCUGGCACGUGUGACUUUGGUGGUGCGGCUUAUGUGGUCACUCAAGCUCCUAAGUUUGGAACCUGUACGUUCCCUACAGGGUACUGAAGACAUUGCAAAAAAGACCUGGGGAGUUUGGUGAAGUUUAGCUAUGCAUUUGUUGGGCUUAGCUUAUUUUUUUCUAGCUAGCUUUGGGGACCGAAUAGGAGAUUUAUUUUAUUUUUCCUAUGUAUUUAUUGCUUAUUAUAUGAUGUGUUGGUGUAGUGGUUAUCAAAUUCCUUGACUAUUUUGUCUAUCAUCAUCUUCCUAUUAAUAUAUACAUUUUAAUUUUUGAAUGGA